CCCGAAGCCGUCGGAAGCUGAAGGGCUAUGGCCGCUGCGGGAUCUGUGAGGGCGGCGUUGCAGGUGGCGGAAGUGCUAGAAACCGUCGUGAGCUGCAGCUUGGGGCCCGAAGGGCGGCAAGUUCUGUGUACCAAGCCCACUGGCGAGGUGCUGCUCAGCCGGGAUGGCGGCCGCCUCCUGAAGGCGCUACACUUAGAGCAUCCCAUAGCCAGGAUGAUGGUGGCAUGUGUUUCCAGUCAUAUAAGAAAAACAGGAGAUGGUGCUAAAACAUUUAUUAUCUAUCUUUGCCAUUUACUCAGAGAACUUCAUGCAAUCACAGACAAGGAAAAGGAUUCUUUCUUUUCUGAAAAUAUUCAAACCCAUGGAAGGCACUGGAAAAAUUGUUGUCAGUGGAAAUUUAUUUCCCAAGCUCUUCUAACAUUUCAGACACAAAUAUUAGACUACGUUAUGGACCAUUACUUAAGUAGACACUUUUUGUCCAUCUUUUCUUCAUCCACCAAAGAGAGACCAUUGUGUAGGAGCUCUUUAGAGAUGCUCUUAGGAGCAUACUUUUGUGGAAGAGUGGGAAGAAAUAAUCACAACUUUGUAUCACAGUUGAUGUGUGACUACUUUUUCAAGUGUACAGCUUGUGAAAGUGGGUUUGAAGAAGUACUUGAGUUAGUGGAUGACUGUUUUGUCGAGCUGAAAGUUGGUGUCACCGGCCUUCCUGUUUCCGAUUCCAGAAUCAUAGCUGGGCUUGUGCUUCCCAGAGACUUUUCUGUGUACUGUCCAGCAGACGGUGACAUAAGAAUAGUGAUAGUAAUAGAAACCAUUCAGCCUCUUUUUUCAACUUUUGGAUCAGAGUUUAUUCUAAAUUCAGAAGCACAGUUUAGGACAUCUCAGUUUUGGAUUACAGAAAGGACAAAAGCAAUAAUGAAAUAUUUACAGAAGCAGAAUGUAAAAUUGCUCCUAUCUGCUGUGAAACAACCAGACUUAGUAAUUUAUUGUGCAAGACUGAAUGGCAUAUCGGUGGUGGAGUGUUUAUCAUCUGAAGAACUUUCUCUUAUCCAGAGAGUCACUGGUCUCGCUCCCUUUGUUCUACCACAGGCCUCUUCUCAGUAUGAACUCUCUAACACUGCUAUGGUGAAAUUUUGUAAGCCCUUUAUUCUUAGAUCCAAAAGGUAUGUUCAUCUUGGCUUGAUUAGCACAUGUUCGUUUAUACCGCACUGUAUAGUUCUUUGUGGUCCAGUGCAGGGUCUUGUUGAACAACAUGAGGAUGCUUUACAUGGAGCAUUUAAAAUGCUUCGGCAAUUAUUUAAAGACCUUGAUCUAAAUUAUGUGACACAAGCCGGUGACCAAAAUUGUACUUCAAGUCCUCUUAUUUAUAAGAAUAGAGAAAGUAAUGACUUACCAGAAAUUGUUAAUGGCUCGAUACAAAGGCCAUAUCAGGACACAGUUGUAAAGAACAAAGAUGAACUGGCAAAAACUCAAACAUAUUUAAAAGCAUAUUCAAAUUUGGUAGUUCCAUGUGUAGAAUUAGAAACAAAUAUAUUGUGUUCAACACCAACAGUGACUCUAACCAGUGUGACAUACCAGACAGAUGCAACACUGAGAUGUUUUUCUCCAGACAAAGCCAGGAUAAUGGAUGACCACGAACCAUUUAUUGACAGUAAUUCUGCUAACUCAACAACAGAAAAUACUAGAAGAGAAAUUUCUUAUGAAAAUUUACAGGUCACAAAAAAUGCUAGAAAGGGGAGCAUAUUACCAGUGAGAUAUAAGUCACUAGAGAUGUGUACUUCCCAGAGUUACUGUUUCUCGUCUGUACCAGCUGGUUGUGUUUUGCCAGUGGGUGGUAAUUUUGAGAUCUUGUUGCAUUACUAUCUUCUCAGCUAUGCCAAAAAAUGCCGGCAAUCAGAAGAAACCAUGGUUAGUAUGAUAAUAGCUAAUGCACUUUUAGGCGUUCCCAAAAUCUUGUAUAAGUCUAAGAAAGGAAAUUACAGCUUUCCACAAAUAUAUAUAAGAGCUCUCCAUGCACUGCAAACCAAUCAACCCAUGAUAAGCAACCAGACAGGUUUGGAAUCAGUUGCUGGUAAAUACCAGUUACUAACUUCAGUUCUUCAGUGUUUGACAAACAUUUUAACCAUUGACUUGGUAAUCAAUAUUAAGAGACAACCUCAGGAAAUUUAUGAUCAAGAUUCAGAAGAGGAACUAUAAAAUUGGAACCUUUUUA